AUGAAGCACGAAGGUGUUGUCUUGGAUGCGUGCAACAUGUCUUAUAAUGCGGGUCAGAGAACGGUCAUGAAAGCCUUAUUAAAUUCUUUGUGGGGUAAAUUGGCGCAAAACGAAGAUGUCACGGUUGUAUCGUUUUUAGAUUGCAUGCAAGAAUUGUUAGAAUUAGUAAACGAUCGUUCAGUGGAAGUAACCUCUUUAGAUUUCAUAAGCAACGACGUUGCGAGAACGACACAUCGAAAAACAGCAAGUCUAACCCCGUUACCCAAUCGUAAUGUGAUUAUUGCAUCAUUUGUUACGGCGUACGCACGUUUGGAAUUAUUACAGUAUUUACUGAAAUUAGGUGAAAAUGUUUUGUACUAUGAUACCGAUUCGGUGAUUUUCAUAGAGGAUCGUGAAAAGGGUAAAUUUCUUGAAACCGGUGAAUAUUUAGGUCAAAUGACCGACGAAUUAGUUGAAAAAAAAACAACUGCAAAAUGGAUUGGACAAUUUUGUUCGGCAGGACCGAAAUCGUAUUCCUACCGCACAAAUUUAUAUACGCGUACCAACGACGACGGUACCGAAACUAAUCAACAAGACGAAAUUGUACACGUGAAAGGUUUUUCGUUAAAGGGUCCCGCUAAAAAACUAUUAACAUUUGAUACGAUUCGCAGCUGUGUCGAAGAUCCUAGCAAAGAAAUUGAAAUUACGUAUCGGGAAUUUAUACGCGAAAAUACACAAAGUAUUUCGGUACAGGAAAGCACGAAAACAUUUAAAUUUACUUUCGAUAAGCGAAUUGUGCAUGAAAAUUUUACAACCACACCUUUUGGCUAUCGGUAAUUGAUUUCUUAUAUACUUUUUUAGAAAAAAAAUGAACAAUGUUUACACGAUGUCACAUUACCCCUUUACCAUCCGUUUGUGAUGACAGUAUGCGGACCUACACAAUCGGGUAAAACACACCUACUGGUUGACAUAAUAAAAAACAUUGACCAACUGAUCAUACCAACACCAGACAAACUACUGUACUUAUACACGGCCGAACAAACAGUAUACGGGGAAAUUAUGGAUUAUGUGGCAGCAAAUCAUGAACACAGUGCACUUAAGCGUUGUGAAUUCUACGACUGUGCACGCUUGGGUAUACCCACGGUAGAGCAUAUAAAGCCGUUGUUGGGUGAACGCACCCUACCUGUUCUCGACGAUUUAAUGGUUUUCGCUAUGUCAACUAAAGAAGGAGUUGAAAACUUAAAUAAUUUAGCAACACGUGAUAGCCAUCAUUUAGAUCUCUCUGUAUUUUUUGUGUGUCAAACUUUAAAUUACGGUAAUGGAAAAAUACGAAGUAUGCGUACAAAUAGUAUGUAUCAUCUUCUUUUUAAUAAUCACACGGAUACUCGAGAUAUCGAAUUAAUAGCGCGAAAUAAGGGUAUCCGUCUGUCAACAAUACGAAAAAUAUUGUCCGACGUGGCUAAAAAACAAUACGGGUAUGUGUUGUUUGACGGUUGCCCUCGUUCGCCAGCCAAUGCACGUGUUCGAACGGGUAUAUUACCCGAUGAAUGUACAAUAAUCUAUAACACAGAUAAACAAUUUGUGUAA